UCUGUACUUUGUGAUGGAGUAUAUUAAUGGAGGGGACCUCAUGUACCACAUUCAGCGUGUGGGCAAGUUCAAGGAGCCACAGGCAGUGUUCUAUGCUGCAGAGAUCGCUGUGGGCCUGUUCUUCCUGCACAGAAAGGGUGUUGUAUACAGGGACCUCAAAUUGGACAACGUGAUGCUGGACAAUGAGGGCCACAUUAAGAUAGCUGACUUUGGCAUGUGUAAGGAGAACAUGUAUGAAGGCAUGGUCACACGCACCUUCUGUGGUACCCCCGACUAUAUCGCCCCAGAGAUCAUUGCAUAUCAGCCCUAUGGGAAAUCAGUGGACUGGUGGGCUUAUGGGGUUCUCCUCUACGAGAUGCUAGCAGGACAGCCGCCGUUCGAUGGAGAGGAUGAAGAUGAGUUGUUCCAGUCCAUCAUGGAGCACAACGUGUCCUACCCCAAGUCCAUGUCUAAGGAGGCUGUCGUCAUCUGCAAGGGAUUCAUGACCAAGCACCCAUCAAAGCGUCUGGGCUGUGGUCUGGAGGGCGAGAGGGACAUCCGGGAGCAGGCCUUCUUCAGACGUAUCGACUGGGACCGCCUCGCCAACAGAGAGAUCCAACCGCCAUUCAAGCCUAAAACGGGUGGCAAAGGAGCAGAAAACUUUGACAAGUUCUUCACACGCACCCAGCCCAUGUUGACCCUCCAGACCAGCUAG